CUGGAAAUUACAGAGACGAGCGAGGCUAGGGUUUACACUCUGCUCUCUUCCUCCGAAUCAAAGAAGCGGGCGGCGGCGAUGUCCUCCUCUCCCGGUCGGUCGUGCUCAAAGAAGCUGAAUUGUUCGAUGGAGGACCUACCGGAGGCUCUGCUGACAGAGAUUCUCAAGAGGAUCACCAGGACAAGUGAUCUCAAUUCUCUUGCCCUUGUUUCAAAGCAGCUCUACAAGAUAGAGGGGAGUCAAAGGGGUGCUAUCCGUGUUGGUUCCGGUCUUUGCACUGCUACAGAAGCACUGACAUCAUUGUGCGCCCGGUUCCCAAAUCUGCGGAAAGUGGAAAUCGAUUACUCUGGUGGGAUACCUGGACAUGGAAAGCAGCUGGACAACAAAGGCAUUUCGGUGUUUUCAUCUCACUGUUACUCGCUGAUUGACCUCACCUUAAGCUUCUGCUCAUGCAUCGAUGACUCUGGGCUUGCUUGUUUAGCGAAUUGCAAGAAAUUGGUGUCUCUCAGGCUCAACUCCACACCACAAAUAACUUCGAUUGGGCUUUUCUCGGUUGCAGUUGGUUGCACAAGUCUAUCUAAUCUCCACUUUAUUGAUUGCGAAAAAAUCGACAGUGUGGAGUGGCUGGAAUACCUUGGUAGAGAUGGAUCGCUGGCAGAGCUUGUAGUGAAAAAUUGCCAAAGAAUCAAUCAUCACGACUUCCUAAAGUUUUGUUCAGGAUGGAUGAAGCUCCAGAAGUUUGAGUUUGAGAGGAAAAGAGGAAAAUAUGAUCUUCUUGAUCCAGGUAAUGUGGUCUAUGACUCCUCGUACGAUGCUCACAACAUGGAUGUAUACGAUUUCUGCUGUGAGAGUUUGAAGGAUUUAAGGUUGGCGCAUAUUGAAACUUGGCCAGAAGCAGGACUUCGAGUUCUCCUAGGGAAGUGUAAAGCAUUGGAGAAGCUUUGCCUUGAGUAUGUUCGUGCCCUAAAUGACAAUGACAUCAUUGUAUUAUCUCGGAGCUGCAGCAACCUUAAAAGCAUCACACUUUGGCUUAACCUGCAGCUCUACUUGCGUGAUGUCAGCUAUUGUGAAAGCAGGAUGUCAUUUACAGAUAACAGCCUUUACGCUCUAGCCCUAAACUGCCGUAUGCUUCAGAUGGUGGACCUCAGGUUUACAGGAUGUUCCCGUGACUGGCCAUCAGAAAUAGGGUUCACACAAGAGGGUUUUCUGGUGCUCAUUCAGUCCUGCCCGAUUCGUGUUCUGGUGCUAAACAACGCCAACUUCUUUGAUGACAAGGGGAUGAAGGCCCUCUCAUCCUCACCAAAUCUGGAGACACUCGAGCUCAUAUUGUGUCAUGCGGUAAAUGGUGUUGGGAUGCGCUUCAUUGCGCACACCCCAUGCUUGAGUAAUCUCACACUUCGGGCGUGUCAUAAGGUGACUGAUGUAGGAGUGGCUGAACUGGGACGUGCACAUAAGUUAGAGUCUUUGGUCAUUGAGCAUUGUGGUAGGGUCUCUUUGCAAGCUGCACAGGGUGUUGCCAAGUCAGUUCACUACUCCAGGAAAUGUUCAGAUGCCCUGAAGAAGAAACUUGGUUUGUCAGUAUGAAUUUGCUGCUGAAGUCAUUAUUAAGUUUUUGACUGUGCACCAGUGGACAAGGCUGUGCAUCAUCCGACCCAGACUCACCUCUCUGAACUUUUUGUUGCCUUGCAAUGACUUUCCUUUAUGACAGUCUAAUGAUGAUCUUUGGACGGCAUCUGGUGAAUGAAACUUUAAUAGUAUGCACCACUUGUGUACUAAUAUCAACCGUACGUAAUUCUGUUUGCUUAAUUCCUACUCUCUGUAGCCGUUUCAAAACCGGCAUAAGUAGGCCCCAAGAUUCCCUGUUUUUGCUGUGGAGGCACUAUAUGACCGUUUGGUGUUACUUAUUUGUAUUAUUUAAGCAAAUGUCAUGAACUCUUUUUUAUUGCGGAAGUGAUUUUGAAGACAUAUAUAUCUCCCUGCUAUGUCCGCGUGGCAAUAAUAUUAUGUGCAAGUUUUGAUGGACAUGUACAAAGGCGGCAUGUUUGUUUUGUUGAUAUCAACUCUACUGAAGAGAAGUGCAUUGCUGCACGCAGCGCAUCGACGGCUGGCACAGCAUUGCGAUUAGUAGCGGCCAGACGUGCUACUUGGAGUAUUUCAUGUAUUCGAAGAACAAUGCGCUGACAGAAAAACUGACACACGCUGCAGAGCACUGUCCGUGUGCAGGGGA